AAGAAGGUUGCUAACUACAGCAAAGAGACGAAGGAACAAAAUAAGAGAAACGCAUUAAAACUUCGAGCUGCUGGCAUAUAAAGUCGGUGUUAACCUCGCUAAAGCCGUUUUGAGUCUCCAUAGACAUGCGCAAUGUGUCGCUAACGCUCGCUCGUUGGCGCCAGCGCCAACUGGAGAUCAAUUCGAUUUGAGCUCGAGCCGCAGACAGGUCGAGCUGGUCUCCCGAGCCGCCUGCUUGUAAACCUCCACACUUCGGAAUCACUCCCACGGAUCUGCUUUGCAGAAGCUGCAGCAAAGAUGUCUAGACGAAGUGCUCGCCUGCUGAGAAGAUCUGAAAACGAUCCAGGCCAGAGAGGCAAAGUAACCAAGCAAAGCAACAGAAAAAAGGCCCAGCCCCUGUCAAAGCUGCAGUGUGAAAAGAACCAGUUGGUACUUAAAGGUGUCGGCAAGCCGCCCGUUCUCAUCGAUACCGCUGAGAAAGGAGUUUGGGGCGAUGCAGCCCCGCAUUCCACGCAUUCCUUGCUGCGGCCGUCGCCUCUGCCCAAUCUGGGGUGGGGGUCUCCUGACGAUGUGUGGGUGAAGAUGGUCGACAGGGAGCAGAAUUACCGACACAGCAAGAACUUCAUGCAGAGACACCCCACAAUACAACCCAGAAUGAGGUCCAUACUCCUCGACUGGCUAAUUGAGGUGAGCGAAGCCUACACUCUCCACCGGCAGACCUUCUACCUGGCCCAGGACUACUUUGACCGCUUCAUGCUGACUCAGGACAACAUUGAAAAGGGCAUGCUGCAGCUCAUUGGGAUCACGUGUCUCUUCAUCGCAUCAAAGAUGGAGGAAGCGUAUCCUCCGAAGCUCUCGCAGAUGGCCUACGUGACUGCAGGGACCUACUUCGAAGAGGAGAUUCUACAGAUGGAGUUAAUCAUUUUGAAGGCGUUGAGCUGGAACCUUUGUCCCGAAACCGGCAUCUCCUGGCUGAAGCUCUACUUCCAGGUGGCGUCAAUGAGCGCCGGCGCCGACCUGCUGGAGCCGCAGUUCCCACAGGACGCUUACGUACAAAUGGCCCGGCUUUUAGACCUGUGUAUCCUCAACAUAAACUCUCUGGACUUUGAGUACAGAGUGCUGGCUUCCUCCGUCCUGAGCCACUUCAUUCACAGGGAAACGGCUGAGAAGGUCUCAGGCCUCUCGAGAGACGCCGUCCAGCCGUGCGUGGACUGGAUGGCUCCCUUCGUGGAGUCGGUGAACUGGUUCGGCAGAGCGCCGCUGAAGGAUUUUGCAGGAAUAAAGGCAGAAAACCGACACGACGUCCAGACGCACACCAACUACAUGAGCAUGCUGGACGUCGGUCCAAAGGAGGAAAGCAGCCAGUUCCUCACUCCUCCCAACAGCACAGAGAAGUCCUGCACACACUGAAGCACAAGAGGGAAGCUCUGGAGCGAGUGUGAGCAGAGGAAACCGGAAGUGAUCGUCCCACAGACUCGUGUACUGGAAAGACUACUUUAACUGAAAUGCUGAGCCUGGACGGGAGGGCAGUUCACGCCCGCUGCUGUGAACGUUUUUUAACUGAAUGUAUUAUCACAAAUAAUAUUUAAGAAAACGUUUUUUUUUUAGCAAAAUGGUGCUUUUAAUUCAGCGUAAAAAAAAACAUUUGAGUCCCAAUUGUAAUUUCUCAGAAAUAUUCUAUUGAAAAUGUGCAAUCGCUAACAGAAAUGCGUCCCUGGUGCUUGGAUCCAAGCGCUGCUUCAGGGUCCUUUGGAAAGCUGCUUAGGCCUAC